AUGGAUCCACCAGAGUAUAAUCCUGGAACUUCAGAAAUUGGUUCCCUGACGGCACAUUCUAACGAGGACAGUCAGUUCGUCGGCAGCUCCAGCGGCGUCUACUUCAUCAAUACGGUGAAGCGUGCAUUCUCUGCUGGGUUGGAAGCAUCGGGAUCACCAGAAACAGAGUUCCCAGCCGCAGAAGACACCCUCGUGGGCGCAGAAGACUCGCCACGGAAGCGACAACGUACGGCAUCAUUCAGGCAUGACUCGGCCACACCCGGCGAGGCAGAGUCACCAGCACCAUGGAAUUACGACCCAGCGAUCGUGGCUUUCAUGGGCAAAGCACCACCGCUAGAGGGUUCGAAAGAACUCAUGAUGAUGUACUUUCGAGUUUGGCAUCCUCUCUUUCCGUUCCUACAUGGUCCUACUGUCCUGCAGGCCAUGGAGAAGUUAUAUUCCAGCGCCGGCCACAAUAAUCCAAUCCCCGAUGAGAGCUCGGAUCAUCGAAGUACAUGCUGGACGGUAAUUCUGCAAUGUAUUUUCAAUCUAGGAAGUCUCCUUCGUCCAGACCUGGAACUUCCACCCACCUGUCUAAUUCAAUCGACUGGCAGUGUAACCUCAUUACUCGGAAGCCUGGCAACAAGACAUGACAUUGCUUCACUACAAGCUCUUCUCGCCGUCCAGGUUUACCUUGUUGCAAAAAUGUCCCUACGUCUUGCAUCUACCUUCGGCGGAUGCGUUCUACGAUCCAUGAUGCAUGCCGGCCUCCACCGAUGUCCCUUCCGAUAUGCGCAGCUCUCAUCGCAUGAUCGACAAUUGCGCAAACGAAUCUUCUGGUGUGCAUAUGCUAUUGAUCGAUACCUGAGCCAAGCAUUGGGGUUGCCGCUCGGGAUCCAGGAUUCGGACAUCGAUGUGUGUCUACCUGCUGCGCCGGAGAUGCAUUCUCCUCGGCGACUGAGGGAGUUACAAUCCAGUGUGUCGUCUAGGAGCUCAUUGUUUCACGAGAACAGAAAAUCUCGAGAGCAUUCGCCGGUAGAUGCAGGCGCAGAUCACCGCAAAAAGGAAAGUGUGCUUGCCAGCUACGUCGAUUCCGGAACACUCACCGGCCGGGCGCUGGAACUUUUGCAUAAGUCCAUUUUGGUGCGCUCGGUGCGCCGCAGCUCCGUCCUGUUCUUAGUGACAGACGUUCAUAAGUGGUGGAAUAGCCUUCCUCUCGAACUGCAAGGGAAGUCAUCCGAUCCCGGCAAACGGGUGCCAGCUACAGAUUCAGACAGUCCAUUUGACUUCGGCCCCUUUUUUUACGGUCCUCUAUCAGCAUCUUAUCUUGAUUAUCCAUCGACCGUCCUUAUCAUUGGACCCAUCAACUGCAGAAUUCUGUUCUGGGCUGCAGACCUGCAUUGGCGCUGCACGGUCCAUUCUUGCGGCGUUGAAAUUGCAAGUGGAUAG